AAUGUAGAAGAGUAAUGUGCAAUAAAAAAAAAAGAACAAAAUUACAUAGUCAUAGGAACAAAUGUGAAUUUCAGGCUUUACAUUUACAAAUUACAACUGCAACCAGUGUUACAUAAAUUUUGCUAAGAUCAAAAUUAUGGGUCUGAAAAAAUAUGUAAUUAAUUGGGCCUUGGGGAAAGACCACCCAGGGUUGGGUCCAGUCUACAGGUAACAUUAAAAAUUAAAAUAGAUAAUCAUACUUUGCAGCUUGCAAGAGGUGAGUGUGUGAGAGAACAGAGAAAUGGAGCUACGUGAGCUUGGAAGAACCGUAGGAUUCGGAGGUUCUCCACUGGGCAAUGUCUUCGGCGAUGUUUCCGAGGAAGAACCCAAAGCUUCCGUUCGCCUCGCUUUUCAAUCCGGCAUCAACUUCUUCGACACUUCUCCGUACUACGGAGGGACGCUGUCGGAAAAAGUGCUGGAGAAGGCACUGAAGGCUCUGGGAGCUCCGAGGAAUUCGUACGUUGUGGCAACGAAGUGCGGACGGUACAAGGAGGGUUUCGAUUUCAGCGCGGAGAGAGUGACGAGGAGCAUUGAAGAGAGCUUGCAAAGGUUGCAGCUUGACUACGUCGAUAUUCUCCAAUGCCACGACAUCGAGUUCGGCUCCUUAGACCAGGUUCUGAAUGAGACUGGGGAUUUUCAGUUACGUGCUUGAUAGGUGGUGCUUUCGUAUUGCCAUUACUGUGUGAAUGACACUAGCUUGGGGGAUUUGAAGGCCAAAGGGGUUGGCAUUAUCAAUGCUUCUCCCUUGUCUAUGGGCCUCCUGAAUGGCAUCCUGCCUCGCCGCAACUCAAGGUGUGUUUAUUUUUGCACUGAUAAGUGUGUGUUUGAUUUUCAAUUGGAAGAACUCAAAAGUAUUUUUACUGUCCAAGUAACAAGUUAUCCAUUCUUCAUUUUGUGCAUUGGAAUUUACAAAAUUAUUUUUCAACUUUUAUCCAAACAUAUAGCCUAAAUACUGCUGGUUCUGGUUUGUGUUUACAUUGUCAUUUGAACAUAAUUCAAUUCACAUUAGGUAGUAAAGGUCAAGGGGCAUACUUCAGUGUUCUCUUAAAGCAAGCCACUGUUUAGUUUGAUUAUGAUUAUGAAACUCUAUUAUGUUUAUUUGUAAGUGAGAAUGGGAGAGAGAGUAAAUAGGAAAUUUAUAUCCAUCUCAUAUUUUGUCAAAAGUUUGUUAUUUGCGAUUGAAUUUCAUGUGCACCUGCUGUUUUCUUAUCCGAAUGGAAAAUGUUUUACUUUC